AUGUCGUCUCCAGAAUCUUCCAGCAGCCAUCGUGACGACCAUGAUUCUCGCACAGCGCGAGGCUCGGUGCCCCCUCGUCAUCCCGAGGCAUCGGGCAGCGUCAGGACUCGACCAACAUGGCAGACCGAGGGCCCCUCGGACCAGCACCGCGACUCACACUGGCAGCGCGAGCACCGUGACCCGCGCGACCAUCGAGAGCAGCGGGAAUCCAUGCGUCCUUCAAGCGCUAAUCCGUCGCGCGCCAUUACUCCCACAGGUGGCUUCUCGUCCUCUAGCAAUGCGAUCGUCCAGCCGCCGAUCAAGACCCAAGCGGCCUUUGUCGGCAAGCUCUACUCCAUGCUUGAGGACGAAAAGAUUGCCAAGUCGGGCUUGCUCUACUGGUCGGGCGACGGCUCGUCCUUUGUGUGUCCCAACCCCACCGAGUUUUCAAAAGAAGUACUGCCGAAUUAUUUCAAGCACAACAACUGGCAGUCCUUUGUUCGGCAGUUGAACAUGUACUCCUUCAACAAGGUAUCAGACUUGUACUCGACUGCCAACAGUGACCCUCAAGCCUGGGAAUUCAGACACCCACUGUUUCGCCGCGGCGAACCACACCUGUUGCCUAGCAUUAAGCGCAAAUCGACCCGCCCAUCGAACCAGGAUGGGCCUGCGAACGAUGAGGACGCGAGACCGCCCAACUGGCAGCAGCAGCCUCCGGUUCAGCCUCAGUAUCGAGGCUCACCUGGUCGCGAUUACCCGAAUCACCCCAACUAUUACCCAGCUCCUCCCCCUCCCCCUCCUGUUGGCCGCCCCGACAGCAGACAUCACUACGACGCCCCACGGUCGCCCCCGCCCCCGCCACACACGAUCGCCCAUGACCCGAGCCACCCACCCGCCGGCCCGAUAUAUCAGGACAAUUCGAGGUCUGAGCCGCCAUACUACCCACACCCACCUCCGUCGCGUCCUUCGCCUGUGGAAUCGCUCGGCGCGUCAGUUGCCUCGCUUCAGGAUCAGGUCCAGAGUCUUUGGGGUCAAUUGCACGCCGAGCGCCAGUCAAACAUGCAGAUCAACCUGGAGAUGGCCCACAGCAUGCUGCGCAUGACCGACUGGCUUACCGACGCUAGCAAGGAUCUGAGGCUUCCUUAUGACCACUUGAUGCACCAGCGCAGCGACUUGAUCUCCCGGAUCGAGGCCAUCAACGCGUCGGACAGGGCGCGAACGUAUGCCAGUGGUCCGCCUCACGAUGAUCGCCGCGGCAUGAGCUAUGAGCCUCCCAACCGGUCAAUACACUCGGCAAUGCACGACCCGCGCCAGGUGUAUACGUCGCACCACCAGCCUUCGCCGCCGCAGUCGCGCAUGCCAGACCGCGUGCGCCCGUCGACCUCGGACACUACUGCGAUGAGUGGGUACUCGGGUUCGCCACGCACAUACCCUUCGUCCAGGCAACCUCCCCCCACAUCAGACUUCCGCUUCAGGCCACCCCCGCUGGAUGACCGUUUACCCCCUCGGGAACGUGAACGCGAACGCGACCGUGACCGGGACCGUGAACGUCCCCGCCCAUUGUCUCGUCGCGAGACUGACCCCCUUCCCCCCCACACCCCCGACGACAGACCCUCGUCGUCCAUGGACAUCAACGCCCCCAAAACGUCCAUCCGCAACCUCCUGCACUAG